UCGACUGCACCUCUUCCUACAGAUGCUGCCUGGCCUGCUGUGUUCACCAGCAACUUUGAUGUGUGUUGCUUGAAUUUCCAGCAUCUGCAGAAUUCCUGUUGUUUGCGCAUAAAUGUGACUUUUCAGUUGCAGAAGCUUCAAUUAUUUUAUAUAAGUUUGCAAGAUGCCUGUACUCAGUAAUUUAGGUGGCUGAAACCAGCAAAUACAGCAGCCAAACUGCACACAGCAAAUGAGAUGACUAGUCACAGAAGAAUAUUAUCUAACACAUUGGAGGUAAAAGAUGGUGUCUCUGUAAUAACAUCCAUGCAGUAGUACAAAUUUGUACAGGUCCUUUCAAAUUCUUGUGAUUUAUUCCAAGCUUGCCUUGCUAAUAUUCUCGCUAUCCUCCAUACAUCUUGAGUGCAUUUCUACUUUCUUUGAUUGCCUCCAUUGAUAACUUCAUCUAAAAUUUUUGAUUUUGCACUAAAUAAUAAAGGUUGUUUUGCCCUAUUUGGAAGCUAAGAUGGGAACUGUAGCCCUGCCACAGCUAGGGCAGGAGGCUUCUGAUCAGGUAGGUGUGUAGUUUGAGAUGAUAUUCCUUUGAUACUGAUAUUCCAAUACUCUGCCCAAUGCUGCCCCGCUGUGAUUAAGGGCUAGACAUUCCCAAAGAGUUGGGAUAUUGCACUUCACAAAAGUUUUGAGCACAUCACUUUAUCUUGGUUGAAUGACAGUAUCCUGCUAUAGUAGAGCUUGGCGUAGACUACUUUGGGGGUUUGCUGUUGGUCUUGGUCAAGCUCCAGGACAACAUUGAUUCAUUUUGCUUAGUGUGAGAGGAUGGGGCUGGUACUGCAAUCAAAUUAUAACCUACCCGUCUGUUGUUAUGCUUCAUUUUGUUGAGGGAGCAGAUACACUUGGCUUGCAAUGCAUGGCUUCAAGCGCAAAUGUUUCUGUGAACAAACUUUUUGAAAAAUAGAUUCCCAUGUUACAUGAAUCAGUUAAGUGCCCAGAUUGUUCUUUUAAAUGAUCUCUUUGAUAAUACUGUCCUGGAAUAUUUCCUUGUCCUUGGGAGCAGAGCCCUCCCACAAAGUUGAUGCCAUAAUUUUGAAAAACAUACCAAUCAGGGAAAAAUAGAAGAAAGGUAAAGAACAUUUAUUCAAUUACUUAAUGAAUUCUGGUUGUGUUUGCUCAAUUGUUGCUUGAAGAUUAUAUUGCAAAAUAUUUAACCCUAUGUUUGUUUCAGCCAGAAUGGAGAAUGUUGCUUUCUGCAAAGGAAACAUGCAUAGGUGCUGAUUAUAAUUACAAGUGAUUUUUCAAGAAACUUUUGACUUAUUUCAGGUGGCAAAAUAAAAGGCUGAGUUGGUGACCUCCACUGGGGCUAUUGUGUAAUUACAGUAAAAUGGUGCAAAUUUGCAGUAUUUGACCAUUUGCAAAAAUAAAGUUCUACAAUCCUGUGUGGUACUGGUUGUUUCAAUGACACUAGACUUGAAUCUGACAUUUAUCCCUACCCCCUCAACUAUUAAAAUUACUGCACUUAACAGUACCUCAUUGGCUGUGAUGGCUUGGAGGAUGUGAAACAUGCUGUAUAAAUUUGUCCUUUAAAGCAUGUACAUAACAGUAACGAGUCCUGACGAAGGGUCUCGGCCUGAAACGUCGACUGCGCCUCUUCCUAUAGAUGCUGCUUGGCCUGCUGCGUUCACCAGCAACUUUGAUGUAUGUUGCUUGAAUUUCCAGCAUCUGCAGAAUUCCUGUUGUUUACAUAACAGUAAUGUUACCCUGUUGAUCAGAGGGCAUUUUUUUUUAAAAACCCAUUAAGUAACCAAUAGCUUAACAUUGCAGCUGUAUAUGCUCUCUGUGCCAGAUUUGGUCUAUCUGACUAACAGAUGAGAAAAUUUGUACCUAUUUUUCUCAAAUAUGGACAAGAGUGAGAAUUGCAAAGCCAGUUCACCAGAAUCCGAAACAGCCAACAAUUUGAAUGAAAAUUCAGGCCUGUUCUGAGUCCUUACCAGUACAUUAAGGAAAAUUAGGAAACUUCUGCAAUGGAACAUCUUAAGGAAAUAUUGUUACACAUUUCAUAUCAUCUGCUAAACAAUUUCAGAAGCAAUGGGGUGGACAGGUGCUAUUACAUAAGACAUCCAAACACUUUGUAUGCAUCUGGCUUUACAGAGGGAGUGGAUAUUCUCUCAAGUUUGAAAGAUUGGGGGGGGGAAAAAACAAAAGGGACUUGUGCUGUGAGACUAAAUGUCACUACUACUGAAAGAAAAGUUGGGGAGAUGAAACUAGGCUUGUUUGGGGGUAACUUGUGUGAGAAAUUGUGAGCACUGGGCUUUAAGGGCAAGACAUAAUUUGGUAGUCAACAAGUGACUUGUAGAAGUAUUGGGGGGCCAGCCAUUUGUUAACACAAAUGAGUAUUACAACCAGGGAUUUUGAUCAAUUUAACAGUUUUUAUUUGUGAAUUACUUUUUUUCUCCUCCACUGGAGGCAAAAAAUGGGAAAUUAUAAAGCAGUUCAAAAGUAUUCAUCCCCCUUUGCUCAGUACUUGGUUGAAACACCUCUCGCAGCUAUUACAGUCAGUAGUCCUUUUGGACAAGUCUCUAUAGGCUUUGCACAAUGUGAGGGAGUAAGAUUUGCCAUUCCUCGCAAAAUUGCUCAAGCUGUGCCAGGUUAGUUGGGGAACAAUGGUGGACAGCAGUCUUGACAACUUAAUAGAGAUGUUUGAUCGGCUUGAGGUCAGGUCUGUGACUGGGCCACUCAAGGACAUCAAUUUUCUUCAUUUGAACCCACUCCACGGUUGCUCUGGCAGUGUGCUUUGGGUCAUUGUCCUGCUGCUAGAUAAACUUCCUCCCCGGUUUAAGCUUUCUGGCAGAGGCUAGCAGGUUUUUAUCCAGGACAUUUCUAUUGAGCAGCAUUUGUUUUCCCAUCAAUCCUGACCAGCUUUUCACCACAUGUACUGCUUAGAGUUGAAGCUAACAAGUUCCACUUUAGUCUCAUCUGACCACAAGACCACUUUCCAUAUCUUUAUAGUAUCUUCUUUGCAAAUUUAUUAUGGACAAGAAUUUUUUUUAUAUAGCCAAGGCUGCUUCCUUGCCACUCUUCUAUAAAUACCCUUUAUGUGCAAGGCCUUGGAAAUAAUAUUUUUCCAACUUUUUCCACCAUAAGCUGCACUGAGCAUUGGGGUAUGUUUGGUGCGUUUGAGAUGGUCUUGUACCCUUCCCCAGAUUUGUGCUUCUCUGUUAUCAUUUCCCUGACUUAUCUUGAAUGCUCUUUGGUCUUCAUUUUGGUUUGGUCUGUUGAAAAUCUACCCUACUGAUAGACCUUACAGAGAGUGGGGAUAUUUAUUCUUAUGAAUUCAUUGAAAACAGGUGCUCUUCCAAUUUUCUAUAUUAUCAACCUAACCAACUCACUCAAUUUGUUAUAGUAUUGCACCUGAGGAAAUUUAGUGUAGUAUGUAAUUACAUAAUGGAUAAAUACUUUUUCAGUGUCACAAUUUUGGUUUUUAAUUUUUAGUAAGUUGUUGGCAGGCUUUGGAGUUUUUCUUUUGAUUUUACAUGAUGCACAAUGUUUUAUAGAUUAGCUCAAAAUCCCACUUCAAUAUAUUUUAGAAAAUGAGACAGUAAAAUAUGAAAAUAGCUGUAGGUGCAGAAUACUUGUCUAAGGCACUAAGUCAAAAUUGAGAUCAGAAUGUAACACUGACUUGGCUUGGAAAUUUGUGAGUGGGUGAGAGAGUGGGGUAUAAAAUACAAUGCUCUAAUUGCCAAUAGUAGGGAUUUGCUUUCCCUUUUUUCAACUUUUUACUAUUUUUAAUAAUGAAUAAAAUUGAGCUUGCAGGUAACAUCAAAUGAAGUUGCUGAGAUACAGAUCAAGCAGGGAAAACUAGCAUAAUAAAGAUUUAUUAUCCCUGACUUAAAGGGUGUGAAAUCUGUUGUCUUGUGGCAACAGUAUAGUGCAAAGAAAUAAAUUAAUAAUGCAAAAACAGGAAUAAUAAUUUAAUGUUCAUGGAUUGUUCAGACAUCUAUCUGAUGACAAAGGGGAAGAAACUUCCUGAAUAGUUGAAUGUAGGUGUUCAUACUCCUCUACCAUCUCCCUGAUGGUAGUGUGGAGAAACAUGCAUUUCCCAGAUGCGAGGGUCCUUAGUGACGUGUAUUGUCUUUUUGAGACAUCACCUCUUGAAGAUGUCCUUGAUGGUGGGGAGGGUUGUGCCCAUGAUAGAGCUGGCUGAAUCCACAAACCUCUGCAGCUUCUUUCAAUCCUGUGCAUUGGAGCAUCCAUACCAAGCUGUGAUGCAGUCAGUUAGAAUGUUCUCCAUAGUACAUCUAUAGAAUUUUGAGUAUUUGGGGACAUACCAAACUUCCUCAAAUUUCUAAUAAUGGCCAAGAAUAAAGUAACCAUCUUCAAACUCAAGUAAAUAUUUGCAAAAUAUUGCAGUCCUUAGAACUAUAAUGGUAUUUUUCAUGUAUAGCCAAAUUAUUUAAGCUUACAGAUAUGUAUAAAUGUAAUCAUAAUGGCUAAUGGAAUAUUGACCUUUUUGUUUAGAGGAAUGAGGAAAGAGGUGGAAAUCUUGCUUUAGUUGGCUAAAGCUCCAUGUUGAGCUUGUAUGGAAUACUUAGUUUCAGGCUUGGAGCAUUCACCUUGGGGAUUAUGCUUAUGAUCUGUUGAGCAUGAAAGUUGCAUGCUGUAAAUAUUGAAUGCUGUAAAUAUUCCCCCCCCCCCCAGAAUUUGAUAUAUUGAGUAUAGGCAUGAUUGUCACUGGCACAAAUUUUUAGGGAACAAGUUCUUACAAUUCAGGAAGGAAACUAAGGUAUCAACACAAAAUGGUGGAAGAACUUAGCAAGUCAGGCAACAUCUAUAGAUGAGUGGAAAAUAUUGAUGUUUCAGGCCAUUCUUCCCCCUUCUCUCCUUUUACAUUCCCCAUUCUGGUUGCCCUCUCACCAUUUCUCCUCACCUUCUCAUCACAUCCCACUGGUUCCCUUCCUCCCCUUUCUUCCAUGGUCUACUCUCCUAUCAGAUUACUACUACUUCUGCCCUUUACCUCUCACUUAUCCAUUGACCUGCUGGCUUGUAUUAUUUCUCUCUCUUCCCAUCUCCCUUUCUUUCUCUUCCCCCCCCCCCCCCAUAUCCCUUUCUCCGCCCCCUCCAUCACGUUAUUCUGGCUUCUGUCCUCUUGGUCUGAAACGUUGAAUGUUUAUUCCUCGCGCUGGGUUCUGCCUGAUCUGCUGAGUACCGCCAGUCUUUUUUGUGUGCGUUUCUUAAGAUUUCCAGCAUCUACAGAAUCUCGUGUUUAAGUAAAGAUUUGUGGAAAUUUGGAAAUUUCUUUCUGGCCCUGCCCAAAAUGGUAAGCUUCAUAGGUCAAGGCUGCUUUUGUGAUAGCGGGACAGGAGGCGGAGCUAAACUGCUAAAGGCAGUUGAACUGUAGAUCCAUAAUCUAAUUGCAAUAGUUGACGGGCUGAAUGACAUGCUCCCAAGUUAACCAAGUGUUUUUGACCAUGGCAAACUCUCCUGAGACGCGAACGUUGUUUCAGGGCAUAAUUUGAAGUUUAUGAAUUUAUUGACUUUUACCUUUUUAAUUCUGAUAAUUGUCUCUCAAGAUAGCUGUUGGAGUGCUACUGUCAACCUAAUAGGCUUGUCAAGACUCAUGCGUGUUGGGAAAACUGACCUGUUCUACUUUGUUGGAGGGAGGAGGAAGCUGUAGUUUUGCAGUCAGUUUCUCAUCCCUCCUAUUCCUCUCUAUUAACAUUUUAACAUAUUUCGUGAACUGAUUUGGAUAAUUGUUUCGUGGAAGAUUUUACAACAACGAAAUACUUCGGCGUUUGGAACCGGCUGAUUAUCUGCUCGCCCCUGUGCUUAAAAAGGCAGGCGCUAGGACCCAAGCGUCUCUCUAAUUCCAGGCGGGACUGGUGGAAAUGCAUUGAGUCGAGGAACUGGUUGCGCGCAGGAGGUUUUUAAAGUUAAUUGUUUUCGUUGAUCGUGCGGGAGACUGUGGCACAUCGGGAAGGUGAAUGAAGCCAAGUUAUAACUCCUUACUGAAGAGCACUUAUUGAGCUGUCUCCCUGACUUGCUGCAAGUUUUUCAACCAGUGGAACUUUAAUCACGUUUAUGAAUUGAAAGUGGUGAUGGGGACCCCGGUCAAUGUUCGGAGAAGGAUCCUGUCCAGGGAAAUGUCGGAGGAUGAAAACGUGAUGAUAAUGAUUAAAGAGGCUGAUGCAAAGUUCAAUUCCAGGAAAGCUUCACUUGCUGAGGCCAAGGAGGCUUGUGUGACGAAACUGAUGCAACAGCAACAAGAGAGUGAGGAGCUAAUGGAAACAGAAGAUGUUGACCACAAAACCCAGGAAGAUUUUAAAGAAAAGUACUUUGAUGCAAUUGAGUCAAUUCGUCAUUUGGAAACUGAGAAGGUUUUACUCGUGUAUGAGGUGGAGCGUCUAAAAGAUGUUCUGGAAGGCACCGAGGAAGAGCUGGCCGAGCUUCACUGGAAAUACAAGCAAGUAACCAAGGAGCUGGAAACAGAGAAAGUUGCUAAAUAUUCACUGUUGCAGCAAAUUAAUUGCAUGAAGGAGCAACUGAAAGGGAGAAAGAAGUGCGAAGCUAUUGAAAUAACUGCUACAGAGAAUAUGAAUGAAGGUCUUCUGAGCAACCUUAAACAGGAGGAAAACUUGGAUGAAAGGAAAAUGGAGUUGAAAUUGGAUGAUUUUGAGAUAAAUAGUGUGCAGAAACUUCAGAACUCAGCAUCAAACCUUGUAGGUGGUGUGCAGGAAUGCUUUGAAACUAAACAUAAAAGAAAAAUACCUGAGGAGAUCUCAAAUGGAAAGCACAAAGAGAGAAGCAUGAACACAUUCACACAAGGUACAGAUGACAUGCAUGUGAAGGACUCUACUCGUCUGAUUAAGGAUGUUGAGAAUAUAACAGUUGCAGAAAAUGUGAACCACCUUCAAUAUGAAACUGAAAGAUUCAAAUCAAAUAAAGCCUUGGAAGGUAUUGGUAGUGAAACAGAGCCUCUAAUGUUGCGCAGUGAAGGCAGGGACUCGGAGCAUAAGGAAACCGAAGCUUCUAAAGGACAAGAAGAGAAAGAACUAAUCUUUGAGGUAAGUAAAGUUGCUUCGGAAGAGACUGCGCACAAUGAAAACCAAAGUGAAAAUGAGGCUGCAACAAGAGGCCAAUUCUGUGAUGAUUCUUUGAACACGGUGGAAGAGGAAGUAAAAGAGAAAAUUGAACAAAAGAAAACCAUUAUGAUGCAAAUACAUGAUGGGAAAAACCUGGAGACUGUAAAAGGAGAAUCAACAGAAGUUUGUGGAAGUGUAACGGGGGUUCUCGGCCAAGGGGAGUUCAUACAAGACCACGGAGUAACCCAUGGAGAGCCCAGAUGGGAGGGAAUUGAAGAGAGGAGCGGAGAAGCAAUGUCCACAGAUAAAAGUCACAAGAUAUUGGUAAUGGAAAGCAGCAGAGAAGAUUUUCUUGAUGGUGUUGCAAGAGCUCAUGAUAAAUGGAUGGAGAGUGGCAGAGAUGGAGAAGAGGUCACCAAUCAGUUUUGGGGCAUGAAGGAAACCAUUCCAAAUCUUGCAAAAGAUGGAGUUUCUAUGAAUCUGAAACAGAAUUUGGAAAGUUCUAUUGAUAAAAUAAAUGGAGAAGCUUGCAGUAGAAGGGAAGGAGGAGAGAAUACCAAUGAAAAAGCAAGACUAUGUCAAUUACAAGAGAACAAUGCAGAUAAGGAUAUGAACAAGAUUAACAUAGGUCUAGACAUGCAAGGACACAAAACUGUAAUGGGUGAACCUGCUGAGGGGAAGGGGAAAGGGAAACAAAUACACAGUGAUGGCAACACUGAGGAAGGCAGUGGAGGGAAGGAGAAGGGUCCUUUUGAAAUGUUUGUGCAAGUGAUUACAACGAUAAUGCCACAAAAAAACCUUGCAAAAAGUGAAGGGAAAAUGAGCAGGAAAGACAAUGUUGAUGUCUGCAGGAGUGAGAUGCAUGGGGAAAGAAAAGAGCAGAAUGGAGAACAUGUGCCUGCAAACCAAGGACAAUCUGUGGCAAAAGAGAAGAAAGAAUUGGAAUCACCAGGUGCUGACUAUGAGGAGGAAAGGGAUGAUUCAUCCUGGAAGAGACGGGUGGAAAGUAUAUUUCAGCAACCAGGAGGAAGUAAAACUGCACAGGAAUUUGAAAAGGAAAUGGAGGGAGUCAUAAAUGAUCCAUCUGCUAAAGAAUUGUAUGAUGCAACUGAACUAAGAACUGCCACGUGCACUGAAGAAAGGAAACCAGACAUUGAAGAGGAUCCUGAAAGCACCCCAAAUAAUGAUGACAUGGGGCAUGGGCAAAGUUUGAAUAGAAGUGAGAGCACCAGGCGACAUACUAAAAAUGGAGACACAUGUCAGGUUUCGUAGGACUCCUGUCGUGGGUUUCAACUGCAAAAUGUUCAGACUGAACGGAGAAGAAAGGCUUUGAAGUUGCACAAACCUGGCACAAGUUUGAAUUGGGUUUUUAAAAUUGUCUUCACAUUGAUUCUUUUGCAAUGACUUUCACAUUUUAGCUGAAGCAUAAAUCACACUUUGAAUGUAAAUAAGUUCAGCAUAAGUGGAAGUAGUUUUAUUAUCACUUUCCUUGAUUCAUUCUGUCCCAGAUUUUGGGAUUUAAUUGACAAAGGAAUAAAUAGCCCACCUUAUUAUUGUUUAUAAGUCUUUUAUGUAAUAAGCUACAUUUGCCUUUGUUAUAGGCUGUUACUCUUUCACCUUGCUCAUUCCAGAAAUCUGCUCAUUCCAGAAAUCUGUACAAGCCUGAAUUAGAAGAAGUUAGCAGUGGAGUUGUAGAAAGAUUUAUGAAUGCAAAGACAUCUCCUACACAUUCUAGGCAGUUGUGUAUGCUAACCUCUGUGGUUUGGGGAAAACAAAAUAAAUAUUCUGAGGUGCCUCAACUUACAUAAACUGUUAAAUAACUAUUAAAUGUCAUGGCAAGGAAGAGUAGGAGCUAGAUUUUCAACUUCAACUCAAAACCUGUAUGAAAUCGCCCACUAACAAUUCAGCGGUUUGAAUUUUUCCACUGAUCCAGUUGGGAGGUAGGAAGUGAACUAAUUUCUGGAUCUUGCUUCCUCCACAAUAAUCACUUCUACAAAGAAACGUGUUCUCUGAUUUGAGUUUGUACCAGGUCCAUUUUCUUUAUUGAAAUGCCACCGGUUAGUCCAUUUCAACACUAUUUAUGAUUAAGAUGAGCAUGACCAUCCAUGUUCUGUCCACUUUAUGAUAAAAUGGCAAAAAGGGGUCUUAAACCAACGUGGGACCCUGAAUUGCAAGUUCAUGAUCUGUUACGGGCAAGUGCAAUGUUCUUUCAAUCUGCCAAAUGUAAACUGGUAGCUCUGGUACAAUGCAACACAGAGGUUAAAUUACUCAACAAGUAAUUAAGAGGCCUGGAUGAACAAUUCAGAGGCCCAAGUUCAAAUCCUGUCUGCUAUUAAAUUGAAUCAAUAAUUUGGAGCAACAACUAAUGAUCAAUGAUGACAACAACAAUAUAACAUUAAUGUAAAACCCAAUGGGAUUGCAAACAUCUUUUGGGGGAAGGACAUCUGCCAUCCUUAUGUACUCAAGCCUAUAUGUGUCACUUCAGACCAACCCCAUGUUGUUGAUUCUAAUAUGGCCUAACAAACCACUUAGAUGUCUGAAGGGCAAUUAGGAAUGGGCAUUAAAUGUUGGUCUAAUCAGUGAUACCCAGAUUCCAACAAUGAAUUUUUUUUAAAAAAAUCUCUAAGGUGUUCGCCCUGUUUCCUUUGUUGAUGUCACAUUUUGCAGAAGGAAAUUUUAUUUAGAGACACUGCACUGAGUAGACCCUUUCGGCCCUUCGAGCCACACCACCCCAGCAACCCCUGACAAACCCGAUUAACCCUGACCUAAUCAUGGGAAAAUGUAUAAUGACUGAUUAACCCACCUGGUACAUCUUUGGACUGUGGGAGGAAACCCAUCCAGUUUCCUCCCCCAUCCCAAAGAGUUGCUAAUUGGCAGGUUAUACAAACAGAAGAUGCUGGAAAUACUUGGCAGGACCAGCAACAUCUUGGGGAAUGGGACCAGAGUAAUGUUUCAGGUGGCUGAGUAGUCAUCAGAACUGGUAAGUUAUUUCUGCCAACUGAAAAUUUCCCCAAUGUAGCUAGGUGGUUGGAGAAUCAGGGGCUUGUUAAUGGGCAUGAGAGAGACUAGGUUAGAAUGGAUGUGGGAAGGGAUGAUGCAAGAGCCACAAAGUUGCUCCUGUAUCAUAAGAAAAUGAGAGUCCAAGUUGUUAGUGUGACUUCUUGCUUUUCAUGAUAAAAGCUAUUCCAUUCAGCACUUUUAACAUAAUGUAAUUAUGCAAAUUGAGUCAUUGCUGCUGAUGUGAACCAAAACAUUUACAAUGAACCAUACAAAUUUAGUAUUAAAUUACCAAAAGUUUGAUCCAUGGUUGUUUGAUAAGGAAUGUUUUAAAGGAAGAAAGUGUGUUUUGGGGGAUUCCAGUGCUUGGGACCCAAGCAGCUAAAGGCACAGCAAGUACAGGGAUUUCAGGUGAAUGGGAGUCGGGCAAGUUGAGAGCCGGGUUUUGGAUUACCUAAAUAAUACUUUUAAAGAAGCAGGAGCUAUUUUACUCCUUUAUGACUGUGCCUGUGCACCUACUGUUGUUGAUCCUCCAGUAAUCUGUUCUCUGCUUCACUCACCACGCCUUUAUUCACUUCCUUUCCACUCUGACAUACUGAGCCUUAAGCAGUCAACCCAGCCUUCAUUUGAUGUUUCCUCUAUAAAUGGGUCCAGCAGACAGUAGGAAAUUACCUCGUGGUAAUUACCAGUCUGUGAGGGGCCCUAUUAUUGGUUUAUCAUUAACAAAAGAGCCAGUAUGGCCUAUGCUGCACUGUAUCUCAAUAAAUAAAAUGAAUAAAUAAGUCCUAUACUAUAGCCCUGAGGACUGUGAGAGCUGCAAUCCACUGUAAUACAAGCAUUCUUCCACUAGAAGGUGUGAUCAACCAGCUUGAUGUUUGUUUCUGAAUGUAAAUAGUAUUCACAUUCUUGUACUUAUCAAAUCGAAAAUUAAAAUUUAAAUGAACAAGAUGUAUUCUUUCAAUAUUAUGCAAUGUUGUUUCAAGUGUACGCAGCUAUACAAAAUACAUCAUUCAAACAGUACACAUGACAAAAUGUUCAAGGUCCAGCUUCUGACCCUGUGUUGGACACUAAUUUACAUGUUUCUUUCUUCCCACCCCACCCCCAUCAACCUUGUCUGCUUGUGGCGCAUAUUCCUUUACAUCUGGGAAACUCCGCUCCUGUUCACUCAUUGACUAGACAUGGUCAUUCUGUUUUAUCUGAAAGAGACACCCUCCCUGCAGCUUUGCUAGCUUCUUGGUUUCUUAUUCUGACCAAGAAAUUUUGACUUGAAACAUUAAUUAUGUUUCUCUCCACACAGAUGCUGCCUAACCUGCUGUGUAUUUCCAGCAUUUUCUCCUGUUAUUUUAGAUUUCCAGCAUCUCCAUUCUAAUUUUCAUUGUUGUCUAAUGUAGAAACAGUUGUUUAAAAAUAAGUAAUUUUGUUAUACCUUUUGUAAAAUCCUGUCAAAUAUAUCAAAACAACAUUCUUAUGAAAUUUAGUCUUUAAAAAUAUGAAAACUGGAAAUGCUCACCAAAUUAUCAAUGGGUUAAUUUUUCAGGUCAUUGACCUUUCCCUCAGUUUUUAAUUGCGUACUUUGCAAAAGUUAUAUUUUUUAUAAAUGAUUGUGUAUUAAAACACAUACAUAUUUACAAAGAGAAGGCAAAAACAGUUGAUUGCAGUUAAUUAUAACAAGGUAGAACCAGUGUAUUUUGGCCCAAUUAGACGACUGUUCCAAUUAGCUGAAGUUUCAUGAAAAUUGUUAAAAAGAUAUAAAAGAGACAAACUGAGUAAUAAAUGAUGUAUUUAAAUGAAAUGUAGAACAAAUUGGAACACUACCAAUAGAACAACAGUACUACAAAACUUUAUUAGUUGCUAAUAAUAAUUGACUGAGGAAUUCAUCCUGUGUACGCAGUGAUCAGAAUCAGCCCAGACACCUACUGCAGAUAAUGGACUUUGUACAAUACUGUCAGCAAUGACAUCCUCCCAAGUUUUCAUUUUCAUUGUAACAUUCAAGAUGAUUGUUGAUGCCUUCAAUUCUUUAUAGUUUCUAACUUGUUGAAGUAGUGAAACAGUUUCAUUUUCACUCCUAGCCAUUUGUGGCAUCUCCAAGCCUGAAUGCUUGAAAUCACGGUGAGCAAAAUAGUUCUGAAUUGUUUUACUACUUAUUUCUUGCCAGCUAUCAGUGACAAAGAUCACUGCUAUUGUACACAAACAUACACAAUUGACACUAUUUACAAACUGUUUGUUCUAGCAUGGUGGAACAUUAAACAAGCACACAAGUGUGCAUGACUGACUUGGUAGAACCUGUUUGGCAAAAGUCUCCUGUCCCAAUUAAGCAGCAUAGUGUUCCAAAUACACAAAAGGAAUCUAAUCAACUUGUUCUAUUUAGUUUUUGUUCUUUCAGUGUUGUCCCAAUUAACUGAUGGCCUAAUUAAUGAGAAUCCAUUUUGUAAUGUCCAAGUACAUAUUUAGAGAUGAAAAACAAUCCCAUUUGUGUCACUGGAGUUUCUAGAGUUAAGCAUGCCUUACAGGAAUCAUUAGCUAUUCCAUUGCUCUAUUUUACUUGCUUUUUGUUAGUACUGUGGUUAAUGUAUAGGGGAACAGUCAAAUUUGCUACAACUUGGGAGACAAGUGAAAUAAAUUGUUAAUUAAAGCAUGAUUGAAAGCUGACUGCCUUAAAAGAUCUGUCUCCUUUGCACUUCUUACCAAAUUAGCAGUAUUAUGACUUGAUCACUAACUCUUCAUUUGCCCUGAUAUUGGCUGUGGAGCACGUUUAUAAUUUUUUUUAAGUAACACUUUAGUUUAGAUGCUUUGAGAUAGAGGAAUGAUUGAGUGGUGAAGGUGCAGUUGAUAACCUCAAGGAGUUCAGGCUGCACAGUGCUAUUGCAAUUUAAAAACGUACAUUCAAACCCCACCUCAGCAUCUGAGGACUUACAAUUCCAGAUGAUCGUUGUUGCGUGAAUGAAGUCACCUGAGAGAUAUAUUGGUAGAUACAAAGCAGUUUCUUUAUUUGACAAAAUGAGGUACAGCAGGUAUCAUACGGAGACGACUUCAGGGGAAUGGUCUGCUGGCCCAACGUGGGACUGGAUAUUUAAUAUGCCAAACAUCAAAGGAUAACACCAUAUUUACAAUAUUUGGACAAUGCUUUCUUUGAAGUGACAUAAAACCUUCACACCUCCUGAUUCGCAGCUUUUGGGAACCCAUUGUUCAGAGCUGCACUCCAAAUUAAAUGCACAAUACAUUUUCAGAUGUGAAGACUGGUAGUCAAUUGCUAAAUGUAUAUGUCCUAAACCCAAAAAUCACUCUAAUAUUAUCAAACUGAAUCUAAUAAGUAACAGUGACAAUGAAACUGCUGAAUUGUUGUAAAAACCUAUCUACCAAUGAGUUUUCAAGAAUGGAAAUGUCCUAUUCCUGUUCUAUAUGUGAACUUUAUCCCCCAGCAAUGUGAGGGGCUCUCUGAAAUGGACCAACAAACCACUGAAUUCCAGGGCAAUUAUAAUUGGGUAAUCAAUGCUAACAUCGCCAGUGACACCCACAUUCCUUGAAUGAAUUCAACAAAAUGUGCACUUCAUGUCAAUUCAAGAGGGCAUAGACUAUUCUCUGCUGCUUAACAGAAUAAAGAACCUUCUCAAAAGUCUGGGAACCUGACCAAAAGAUUUUUUUCUUUGUACGCUUACCAUUAGU